UACAGUAUCUCUAAAUCAAGGACGGGCUCAUUCCCGAUGUUUCAGGCAUACAAUUUUUGUUAGUCUUAGCCUGUACAGCCAAUACUGAUGGAUUAUUGGCAUUGCAGUCCACAGACACCCAAAAAACCGCAAUUCCCCAUCCUCAGCUAGAAAGAAGAGGCAAAUUGAUUCGAAAUGACGUUUAAAAGAUUACAUUAAUUAGCACAAGUAUGCGGUAGAGAGAACGACUCUGAUAGCAAAGGCGGGGUGAAUCGCUUUGGCUGCACUCCAGAAAUUCGGUAGGAGGGAACCACCCCGGGAAAGGGCGGGCUGAAUGAAGCCAGUAAGUUCCAGCACGGUGCAAGCGGAGCGGCAGGUCUCUCCUCGAAAUGCUGGGGUGGCGCGUCUCCCUGUUCCGAAAAAUUCGGCAUGCUGGGAGCUUCCUGCCACCGAUUUCUUGAGGCCCACACUGGGAACUGAACAGGUCCGGAGCGCAGAAGAACGAAAUGGUCGCCGCCGCUCCGGGAAAGCGCAGAGGCUCCGCAUCAGGCGGGCAAGGGCCCGACGCGGCUGAGCGAGCGAUUGGGAAGGGCCUGGGAAGGGGAGGAGGGUUGGUGGGCGGAGCCGAGGAGGGCGCCUCCUUCGCUCGCCAUCCCUGGCGGGCUCGGGAGGGAAAGCCGGGGUGCCCCGAAGCAUGAUGGGAAACUCCUUCUAGCAUCCGGCAUGGAGGUCCAGGCGCCCUGCUCCAAGGAGCAUCUUCGCACCAGCGGCGGCGGCGGAAACAGCCGCAGAGGAAGCAGCCAGAAACCACGGCAGGGAGAGUGAGCGGCGAGCGAGCCAGCAAGCGGGGAUGGUGUCUCAGGUUGUACAGCUGCUCCGGCAGGGAGUGUGGGCGGCGAUCACCGGAGGCUGGUACCAUGACCCGGAGCAGAGCAAAUUCACCAACAGCUGCCAUCUCUACCUGUGGCUUUUCUUGCUGCUGCUGCCCAUGGCGCUGCACCUGGCAUUGCCUCCCAACGUUAUCACAGCUUUUGUCUACUGUAGUUCUGUGACAUUGUUGUUCACAGUAAUCAAGGUAGUCAGUUAUCGCCUGCAUCUUAUGUUUGACAAAGGAGAAGUAAUUCAGCAAAAAGUCUCUUGGAAGGAACAAAAGCAAAAUAAAGAAGCUAAGAGAGAUAAUGCAAUUCGGCAUAUAAAUCUUAGCAGUAAUAUAGGGGAGAAUGGCACAAUCGAAGAGAGCAAGCAUAAUGGGUCAACACCAACCAUCCACAGCAGUGUAAAAGUACAAGCUAUACUCUCUCAUCACUCUUCAGGAGUACUGGAGUUACCAGCUCAAGAAACUAUUGAAGAUCUGAAAGGAGUAUUGGUUUUGGAAGAUCAGGCCUCUCUACCAGUUUCUUCUACCUCACCUUGCAUCAAAGCAGAUAUUCUGUCUGCUUCUAUGGCACUUAUGUCGAGUUCAAACACAUCUGCCAUAGUGGCAAAGCCAAAUGCAGUGGAGACCCUUAUCAAUAGCACAACCAGUGAAAAGGAUGAAAAAGUGCACCCUUCAGGUCACACUACAGUGGAGGACACACCUCUUGACAAAAGUGUUGUUAAAAAAUUGCCAAAUCUUUCUCUGUCUCAAUAUGACAUUUUAAAAACUGGCAUUUCCUUUGAGCCUUGGAGCACUGAAAAUUCAGUCAUCAUUUCAGAGCAUCUAAGCAAUCCAAAAUGCUUCCGGAAAGAAAAGUUACUGGAUGCCUCAGCUCAAGACAGCCUUACUGCUAGCUGCCUGCAGUGCAAUACCAUAGCAGUGAAGGGAACCGAUGGACCUGUCAGAAGUUCUUCUUAUGCCAAUGACAUGAAGACGCAUUUUGACGAUUCAGAGAGUGAGGUAGCUGUUGCUCUUGUUGAUAAUUCUCUCCCAGGAGACCCCCUUAAAUUACACGAACCCAUUAAAAUAGUUAUCACCAUGAGUAGUACCCACAGUUCCACUAUUGAAAUAGAAGGGUCACAACAUUUGAAAACACUGGGCAUAGAAAAAUCAAGUUCAGAUCCAGAGUCUGGUGUUGCAACAGCAGAUCAACACAGCAAACAAAACAAUGACCAGAUGAAAAUCCCCAUCAUCACUUUCGAACUGUCCGAUGGCAGUGGAGGCCAUGCCUAUCCAGAAGUAAGUGAAAGUAUAAGAACACCAGACAAUCUCAAUGUAGAUGCAUCAUCUAACCAGUGUUCUGGUUAUGAAUCUGGUGAACAAGACAAUGUUGCAAAAGAAUAUAGUGACAAUCCAACAAAUGAUCUUGAAGAAAUAGGGAUUUGUUUAGAAAAUGCCUCUGAGAAUGUCAACGGAACAACUUCGCACUCAAAGGGAAGACAACAAAAUUUGGGUGUCCCCACCUCAUAUAAAGGGACUCAUGAAAAGAGACAUGCUCGGGUGCUCAGUGUAGAUAGUGGGACAGAUGUUUUUUUAGGUAAGAAUUCCACAGAGACAGAUAGUGAUAAAGAGAAGCUUUUGCCAACUUCUAAAUCUGACCUGGAAGCUAAGGAAGGACAGAUACCAAAUGAAUCUAAUUUCUUGGAAUUUGUCUCGCUGCUGGAAUCUAUCAAUACUUCAAAGGCAACGGCAUCUGAUUCAAAAUCAGAGAGUGCAAAAGAUAAGGGUCCCACUGGAGAUAGCUGUAUGACAGAGAAAAAAGAAGGAACUCAGGAAACAGAAAAAAAUUGUGUUGAAAAAGAAAAGCAUGGUUCUUCCAGACAGGAUAGAUCAGAAAUGCAAAAUCAUCCUUCUGCUGGUAUUAAUCCAGUGAUCCCAGAGCCCAUGAAGUUCACUGCACAUUACCAGAAUACCAGGCAGCGGCAGAUCAUUUACCGAGUAACUUCACAGCAGGACAGUUCUGUCUUGCAAGUCAUAAGUGGGCCAGAGGCUUCCCUGCAAGAAGAGAUGUCAGUGGAUGCCAUGCAUGUCUUCAUAGAUGAAAAUGGUGAAAUUCGAUCCUGUUACUUAAAGGCUGGUAGUCAAAAAGAAGGAAAUGCUCAAAACACAGUACCCAACUAUGAUUGUAUUUCUAAUACUCAUGAAGCUCAUUUCAGCUCCUCUAGUACAACUACCUCAGAGAGUCAAGAAGCAUCUUCUGGAGAUCAUGGGCCAAGUGCAUUGCAGCAGCAGCUCUUACUGAUGGUGGCACGAAGGACCCUUUCUGAAACCCAACGGCAUUUUAGUGAAGAUCUUGAAGAUUCUUCAUGUUCAUCAGUGCAAAGAAAAAUUAAUAAACAAUUUUACAAAUUUAUUGUAUUUCCCGGUAAAUGGAUAAAAAUCUGGUAUGAUCGACUUACCUUGCUGGCACUACUAGAUAGGACAGAAGAUCUCAAGGAGAAUGUUUUGGCAAUUCUAUUAGUAAUCCUUGUUUCUUUUCUUGGCUUUAUAAUUAUGAACCAAGGUUUUUGUAAAGACAUCUGGGUCUUCCUGUUCUGUCUUAUCAUGGCAAGCUGUCAAUACUCUCUUUUAAAGAGUGUUCAGCCGGAUCCUGCAUCACCUGUACAUGGUCACAACCAGCUGAUAACAUAUAGUAGGCCUGUAUAUUUUUGUGUAUUGUGUGGCCUUAUUCUAUUGCUAGAUGCAGGAUCUAAAAACAGAAGUCCCCCUAUUUAUACCCUCUACGGCCUGAGGAUCUUCUCUCCUGGAUCAUUUCAAGCAGCCAGAGACCAUGUAAUAGGUUUUUUAUAUUGCUUUCCUGCAAUAUCUCUUCUUGGCCUUUUCCCACAAAUCAACACUUUCUGCAUAUAUCUCCUGGAACAGUUGGAUAUGCUGCUGUUCGGCGGCUCUGCUGCUGCUGGGCUGUUCUCUGCACUAUACAGUAUUUCUCGAAGCUUUAUAGUUGUGAUCAUUCUGUAUGCUUUCUGCUUCAAUGCAGUAAAGGAACCCUGGGACGCACAGCACAUUCCUGCACUGUUCUCUGCUUUCUGUGGCCUUUUAGUUGCACUCUCGUAUCAUCUGAGUAGGCAAAGCAGUGACCCAACUGUUUUAAUGUCUCUUAUUCAGUGUAGAUAUUUUCCCCAUCUUCUGCAUCAACAUUUGGAAGAUUCACAAUCUGAUCCACUUCCUGAGAAGCUGAGAGACUCAGUGAGGGAGACCCUGAAAUCAGAUCUCAUUGUGUGCUCUGUCGCUGCCGUGCUGUCAUUUGCCAUCAGUGCCAGCACUGUUUUCUUGUCAUUAGGGCGAUUUCUCAGCCUGGUGCUCUUUGCUUUAGCAUGGACUGUGGGAUUUGUUACACACUACUUACUCCCUCAGCUUCGCAAACACCAUCCAUGGAUGUGGAUAUCCCAUCCUAUCCUUAAAAAUAAGGAAUAUUGUCAAAGAGAAGUGAAAGGCGCUGCUCACUUGAUGUGGUUUGAAAGACUCUAUGUAUGGCUUCAGUGUUUUGAAAAGUAUAUAUUGUAUCCUGCAAUAAUCUUGAACGCUCUCACUCAUGACGCUUUUUCAAUCAGCAAAGACAAGCCGUUAACCCCCCAUUGUGACAUCUUUCUGAUUACAGUUGCAGGAAUGAAGCUACUGCGAUCUUCGUUUUGCAAUCCCACUCACCAAUUUGUUACAUUAAGCUUUACCGUGAUCUUUUUCAAGUUUGACUGCAAAGGUUUCUCUCAGAAUUUUUUAUUCAAUUUCUUCCUGAUGUCCAUCGUGUUUAAUAAGCUGUCAGACCUGCUGCAGAAAUUACAAUUUAUAAUGACUUACAUUGCUCCUUGGCAAAUUGCUUGGGGAUCGUCAUUCCACGUGUUUGCUCAGCUCUUUGCAAUACCUCACUCUGCAAUGCUUUUCUUUCAAACUCUGGCCACUGCAAUCUUUUCUACUCCGCUGAGUCCAUUUCUAGGGAGUGUGAUUUUUCUCACUUCAUAUGCCAGACCGGUCAAAUUCUGGGAGAGGAAUUACAACACGAAACGGGUGGACCAUUCCAAUACAAGACUGGCACUUCAGAUUGAAAAGGAUGCAGGAAAUGAUGAUAAUCUCAACUCUAUCUUCUAUGAGCACCUGACAAGAUCUCUGCAGGAAUCUCUUUGUGGAGAUUUGAUUCUUGGGCGCUGGGGAAACUACAGCUCCGGAGACUGCUUUAUUUUGGCAUCAGAUUAUUUGAAUGCCUUUGUCCACUUAAUUGAAAUUGGAAACGGUCUCGUCACUUUCCAACUCAGGGGACUAGAAUUUCGAGGGACGUACUGCCAGCAGAGAGAAGUGGAGGCCAUCACAGAAGGAGAUGAAGACCAUGAAGGCUGCUGCUGCUGCAAGCCUGGCCAUUUACCUCACUUGCUCUCCUGUAAUGCAGCUUUUAACCUUCGAUGGCUGACCUGGGAAAUAACACAAACUCAGUAUAUCCUGGAAGGGUACAGCAUUAUUGACAACAACGCGGCCACAAUGUUCCAAGUGUUUGAUCUGCGAAGAAUACUCAUUAGAUAUUAUAUAAAGAGCAUAAUAUACUUUACUGCAAGCUCCCCAAAAAUUUUGUACUGGCUAAGAGAUGAAUCAUUUCAGAAGACACUACAGCCUUUCUCCAAAUGGCAUUAUAUAGAACGAGACCUUGCAAUGUUUAAUAUCAACAUUGAUGAUGACUAUGUCCCCUGCCUCCAGGGAAUCACCAGAGCAAGCUUCUGCAGUGUUUACUUAGAGUGGAUUCAGUUCUGUGCUGCAAAACAAAUGGAGCAUAUCGACUGUGAUGAAGAUUCUCGGUUAGUAACACUUUCCUUUGCCUUGUGCAUCCUGGGCAGAAGAGCACUGGGAACAGCAUCACACAAUAUGGCCAUCAGUUUGGAUUCUUUCCUUCAUGGACUUCACGCCUUGUUCAAAGGAGAUUUUCGAAUCACGUCAAAAGAUGAAUGGGUGUUUGCAGAUAUGGACCUCUUACACAAAGUUGUUGCUCCUGCAAUCAGAAUGUCUUUGAAGCUCCAUCAGGAUCAGUUUACCUGUCCAGAUGAAUAUGAGGACCCUGCAGUUCUUUAUGAAGCGAUUCAGUCAUUUGAAGAAAAAGUCAUGAUUUGUCAUGAAGGCGACCCUGCCUGGCGUAAUGCCGUCCUCUCCAACAAGGAGGAGCUGCUGACAUUGAGGCACGUGGUGGAAGAAGGGACAGAUGAAUAUAAAAUAAUUAUGCUCCACAAAAGCUACUUGAGUUUCAAAGUUAUCAAGGUUAACAAGGAGUGUGUCAGAGGGCUCUGGGCUGGACAACAACAGGAACUAAUAUUUUUACGCAAUCGUAAUCCAGAGCGAGGCAGCAUCCAGAACAAUAAACAGGUCUUGAGGAACCUGAUUAACUCUUCAUGUGACCAGCCACUGGGAUACCCUAUGUAUGUUUCCCCUUUGACCACGUCAUACUUAGGGACCCACAGACAGCUGAAGAAUAUAUGGGGUGGACCAAUAAGCCUGGACAAUAUCAAAACCUGGUUCAGGACCAAAUGGCUUCGGAUGCGGAAAGACUGCCAUCCAAGCCACAACAGUGGAGGAAACCCUGAGGAAGGAGGGAGCCGGAAUGGAUCCUCUUCCAGCUGCAACCCAGCUAAUAAUUCAAGCCAGAGCAGCAGCUCCCAGCACACAAGGAACAGCACGCCACAGCUGCAGCCCUCAUUGCGAGUUGCCCCAUUCCCAGGCAGAAGAAAAUUCAGGAGUCAGUCUGUUCAGACACACGCUGCUCUAAACCAGCGGCCCCCUCGGUCAAGUCAUUCUGGUCCAAUCAUCGAAAGCCACCACCCCUUCAUCCAGACUUCCACUUCAGCUCAUGAGAUUGCGCAAGGGCUUGGCGGCAGCCAGCUUUCCUUCCACAAUUCUGCAACCUCUGUGUUCUCCCAGACUCCUGCCAUUCCCACCCUGGGGCAGCUCACUGUACAAGAAAGAGCUAGUGCUCUGCUGAGAUCUAGUCUGGCCUCUUCCACCAGUUCAACACUCAGCCUCUUGUUUGGGAAGAGGAGUUUUUCAAGUGCUUUGGUCAUUUCUGGGCUCUCGGCUGCUGAUGGAGGAAACACCACUGAUACCCAGUCAUCCAGCAGUGUUAACAUUGCAAUGGGGCCGUCUGCUAGAGCAGCAAGCCGCACUUUGCAGGAAACCGCACGGCAAUUAACUGAGGAUUAUGAAGCAACUGAUGCUACUGAAUCCAGACAUCAAAAAGAGCUAGGAAUGACACAUGCUCUCCUGAUGAGUCACAUGAUGGAAUGCAGGCGAGCCAGCCAAGAAGACAUGGCCCUGGAAGAUACUGCUUCUCAACACAGUCUUUCAGAAGAGCAAUAAAGGAGGCCUAAUGUUCCUAUGUACAACUGCAGCCAAAACACAAGUAGUUUAGAUUUCCGGGGGUGGGGGGAAGUAAAAUUAUUUUGAGUACUGUAUAAGAACAACCAUUUAAAAGAAUUUAAAGUUUUAAUUCUUCAUUGGGUGUACAGAAGCAUAAUAUUCUAUAAUUAGUAUUUAGUGCUGUAAAAAAAAGCCAUGCAAUUUCAGCUCAGGUUCCUGAUUUCAAAUGUGUUCUAGAAAACAAUAAUCUGUCUUGACAUUCCUUUCUCCUCAUGUUCUUAGGAAAGAAUCUGGGAAACACAAGUGGGAGGGAGAGAAAUAACAUUCUUGGAAGUGCGAGUGAAAGCAACAGAAAAUCUAUGAAAAAGCACACUGACAUCUGUCUCUUGUCGUAACCAAACCAAUGAUUGCAUGCUAAAUAACUGGCAUUUUUUAUACAUACUGCAUCAGAAAGGAUUGUUUUUAAUUGAUGCAACGAAUAUGGAAUAGGAGAGGAAAUGGCAUACUCUUAAGGUUAGUCUGCAAAGACUCUUUUUUUAAAAAAUGGUCAAAAGGAAAGCCUCAUUCUUCUGUUUGAAAUGUUUUACCGCUGGCAAUUAUGUGCUGCAACAUAUUAAUCCUAAAGGGGGUCCACUGCAUGCAGCCAUGAUGAACUAGCCUAUCAAAGUGCCAGGCUAUGCAUUGCCAUGAACCACGUAUAGCCAAUGCAUGACAAGCCUUCACAACGCCAAUGGUGCUCCUUAUUUGCAAACAGUGUAGCUUUCUCAAGAAGGUUCGUUUUACAUAUAAUCUUUCACAUGUGUUUGGUUUACAGGAAACCAUGACUAUUUCUGAAACCAAGAGACUUAACAACUGUAAAGUACUAUAGUACUACUCUCUCACUCAUUGACAUCUCACUUAUUUUGUAAUUAAAGCCUCAGAACUACCAGUGUC